CGUUCUAUGUAAUCAUUAUUUACAUAAAAGUAAAUAAUUAAUCAAGGUAAAAUUAUUAAUAAUUAACGAAUUACUUUGAAAUUUUGAUUAUUAAAAUGAUAAAUAUACAUUUUUAAUUUUUUUAUUAUGUUCUAAAUUAUUUUUAUUAAAUAUAUUUUUUAAUUUUUUAUUAUUAUUAACAUUUAUAACACAGAAUUUAAAAAACAGAAUUAAAAAAAUGGGUCAGCCGUCGGUUCAACCGCGCGUUGACCGCGGUUUGACUGCGGUCGGGAAUUUUUCUUUUUUACCUUCUUCUUCUCCGACGAGCGAGCUUGCUCCGGCGGCGGCGAGCGCGCGACCUUCUUCUCGUCUGCGCGUCGGCGGGAACGCGACGAGGGGAGGCAGAGCCCCGGCGGCGGGAACGCGCGGCGUCGGCUGCUUCUUCUCUGUCUCAGUGUGGCGGCGAGGGACGGCGGCUCCGGCGGCGGCGAGCUUGCGCGGCGUCGGCUGCUUCUUCUCUGGCUGCAGAGGGAGAGGUUGAAGGAAGUCCGCUGGAAGGAGGGUGGAGGGGUAAAGGGCCUGUUUGGUUGGUAUAUUUUUUAAAUUUUCAUUAAGGGCAUAUAGGUAAAUUGAUUUGUAAAUUAGGGCGACGUUUAGCAAUUUUUAGGGCGACAUUUAGCAAUUCAGACCAAAAUGAUGGUUCCAAACUACCCGUGAGCCAUUUCCCACGUGACCCCGUCUCAAUUUCUUCACCCGAAGGAGGGUAGAAUCGUCAUUCAUCACAUCAAUCGUCAAAUUCUCCCACGACUCCAGAAGAAGACACAUCGCCUAUUCACCGGAAGCCGUACCUGACACUUCCCUCCGCGUUCUUCCCUCUCACCUUUUCCCCCAAAAUUAACCAGAUCCAACACAAAAAAAAUUCUGAAAGAACCCUAAUUCCACCCCUCCCAUUUCGAAUCAUUUCAUCGAAUUCGCGGGUUCCUCUGGCGCAAUCUCUUGAUCGGUUGCGGUGUCCAUUUGAGAAUACGGAGAGAGCUGAUUUAGGCAAGGAUGGGCGAUUUCAAUCUCGCCCUGAUAAUCGUCGCUAUAGUGGUGUGCGUCAUCGUCUUCAUCUUCAAUGUCUACCUUCUGGUCAAUUACCAGCACCCGGAUGACAAGAACCAAGCUUACUUCCCCAAAUUCGUGGUCGUUCUCGGCCUCUCCGUUGCCGUCAUCUCCAUACUGAUGCUGCCGGCCGACGUCGCCAACCGGCAGGCUUGUCGCCACGCGAUAUACAAUGGCGCCUGUAAUCUAACUUUGCCAAUGAAGGAUCUCUGGAUCGCUGUCUAUAUUAUCGACGCUUUGCUAGUCUUCUUCAUCAUCCCUUUCGCUAUGUUCUACUACGAAGGGGACCAGGACAAGACUGUGGGCAAGCGGAUUAAGAGCGCACUGAUGUGGGUGGUAACGACAGCCAUUGUGUGCGCGCUUCUGCUCGGCAUCUUAUAUGGGCUAGUCGGAAAGGUGGAUUUCACUGUUAGGCAUCUUUCCUCAACCACAACGAACUUUCCUACGUCUUGGAGUUUCUCAACGAGUCAACCAUGUAUCGGAAAUAAUGCUCGCCAGUGCUCUGCGUACCUCGCCAAUGCCGCUUCAGAGAAGACUUGGACUAUGCAAACUACAUUUCCGGAAUAUGUUGUUGCACUUGCUACAAUAGCUGGAUCUGUGCUUUUUUCGAUAUUUGGUGGCGUUGGCAUUGCGUGUUUGCCUCUGGGACUCAUUUUUUCAUUCAUCCGGCGACCAAAGGCUGUUAUCACUCGUUCACAGUACAUUAAGGAAGCAACAGAGCUUGGUAAAAAAGCAAGAGAACUUAAGAAGGCAGCUGAUUCACUUCAUCAGGAAGAGAGAGGUGGUGCUAAGGGGAGAAAAUGGCGUAAAAAUGUUAAAGCAGUUGAAAAGGAGUUGCAUCAGUUGGAAGAAGAUGUAAACUUGCUUGAAGAGAUGUACCCUCAAGGAGAAAAGGCCGAGACUACUUGGGCUCUGACUAUACUUGGUUAUUUGACAAAACUUGUAUUGGGAGUCUUGGGGUUGAUUGUCUCAGUGGCUUGGAUUGUGCAUAUUAUUAUAUAUCUACUGAUCGACCCUCCUCUUUCUCCUUUCCUCAACGAGGUUUUCAUUAAGCUGGACGAUGUGUGGGGUCUUCUUGGCACUGCAGCAUUUGCUUUCUUUUGCUUUUAUCUUCUUCUUGCUGUGGUGGCUGGUGCAAUGAUGCUGGGCCUCAGAUUGGUUUUCAUCACAAUCCAUCCCAUGAAGUGGGGUGGAACUCUCAUGAACUCAUUUCUUUUCAACGUGGGACUCAUUCUCCUGUGCUCGAUUAGUGUCAUCCAGUUUUGUGCCACAGCUUUUGGGUAUUAUGCGCAAGCAACUGCGGCUCAAGAAAUUUUUGGCCACACUUUGCAAUCUCUGCGUGGCAUAAAAUAUCUAUACAAGUACAAUGUGUUCCAAAUCGCAUUCAUUGUUCUUGCGGGCUUGACUUUCGUAUAUUACACUGCCUUUGGAUGGAAAAGGAGAAAACCUAGUGGCAGGUUCCAGCUCUCGAGCUGAAGCAUGUUCUGAUAAUCAAUGCGAGUGCUACCUUCGACUGGUCAGCAGAAUCUGUCCCUUUGUUUUCCGGCUUGGCGUUUUUCCAUAUUCAUAUUCGGUCUGUCUACUGAGCUAGGAGAGAAUCUGAGUGCUGAAGAGAGAUAUGCAGAAAUGGUCCGAAUUAGGUUGCGGGGGGGGGGGGUAGCUGUAGUAGAGGAUAUGAUGCCGGCAUCCUUGUUUAUCUGUUUUUUCCCCAUCAUUUUGCUGCUGCCUUUUUGUUCAUGUUCUGCUGAUUUUGUAUGUACUAUCAUUCUUUUGUAACGCAUAAUAUACAUGUUAUAUACGCUUGGUUUGGGGUAAUCACAUCACAUCUGGUAGGAACUUUAACUUAGCUUCUUUUGUAAUGUAACCCUGUCAAAACAGACAAAAAAACGAGACUUGGAGACAGUUUGAGUUGAUUCACUUUUUUCCACUCCGACUUGUUCGCUAACGAGUCCAAUCAUAUGCACCUAGAUCUGUCAGUUAUCCUUGUGUUCACUGUUAUGGAUGAAACCCUGCUGGUGGGAAUUUUGCCUUGUGUUUUCUUGUUUUUUGGAAAACAGUUUAUAGGAAUAGCAUAGGGACAGUAUUGGAUAACCAACACCUGAAAUGGAUAGAAGGAACUCUUUCUGAAGUCUAAACCACGGAAAUUGAUUGUCUUGUCGUAGCUAUUCAUCAGUUGAAAUCUACAGGGAACUCGAUUGGCGUGAAUCUGCAAUCUAAGUUUGUACUUGGCUUGAAAUUUUGAGUUACUCCUUGGAGGAAAACAUCGUAUCCUUUUGGAUAGGUGUUACAUUUGGAGCAAAUUUUGAAUUAUGAUGAGAAUGGAAGAUUUAAAGACAUUAAAAAUUCUACAAAAUUCAACUUUCAUACAAUCGAUGUAGUGAUGGCAAUGGGGCGGGGCGGGUACCUCAAUUCUCAUGCCCCGUCCCACGCUACUACAGGUCGGGGCGGGUAAAACCCGCGCGGGUACGGGGCGGGGCGGGUCGACUCACUCUUACAUGUUGUUAAAAAAAAAUACAAGUAAAUUUUACUUUUUACAAUAAAACGUAGGGAAAACACUUUAAGAAUGAAAAAUAUUGAUAAUAGAAUGGAUAACUGAGCCUAACAAGUUGAAAGAUUGACUCUAACUAGUUGAAGAAAAGUCAAAAUAGGAGAAAUAUGUAUAGAUAUUGUAAGAAAUUGAGAUAAAAUGAGUCUAGAACA